AUCGCAAGUAAACAAGAAGUCUUGUAUUUUAGGAGACAGUAGAGGGGAAAAAAAAAAAAAAGAAAAGGAAGAAAACCGGCGCACAGGCGCACACACGUGAGGAAAGAGGGGAGAGAAGCAGGAGGCCUGGUGUUUGUUUUGUGUUUGAUAAAGCCGGUGAUAUUUUGUUCAUUUGAGGUUCCUGGAGUUUGUCUUUUUGCCUUUUUUGUUUGGAAUUGUUCGGGACCGAUUCAGAUCUCGAAGGCCAUGUCGCGGGAGAGACCUAAGAGAGGCGUACUACCCCCAGCUCAAGAGUUUCAAUGGUGCACCGUGAUGUUGCUUUUCAAUGCAGAAUAUUGAGAAGUUAAAGAAAGUUGUUGAAGAGGGUAAUUACUAUGGAGCCCAACAAAUGUAUAAAUCUAUAAGUGCAAGAUAUGUCUCUGCUCAGAGGUAUAUGGAAGCUUUGGAUAUACUUCAUUCAGGUGCCUGCAUUCAAUUGGAACAUGGGCAGGUAACAUGUGGGGCAGAGCUAGCGGUGUUGUAUGUGGACAUCCUUGUCAAAGCAAGAGUUCCUUAUAAUGAUGAAAACCUUGAUGGCGUCAGGAAAAUUUACACGAAGUUCCCUCAGAUUCCCGUGCCACAACACUUGGGUGAUGAUGAAGAUAUGCAACAAAUUUCUGAGGCUCUUGGGGCUGCAAAGACUCGUGUGGAUGGCUGCUCAUCAUUUUUAAAAGCUGCUAUUAAAUGGUCUGCAGAAUUUGGAGCACCCAGAUAUGGUUCUCCAGAACUGCAUGCUAUGCUUGCCGAGUACAUAUAUUCUGAAUCUCCUGAGGUGGAUAUGGCUCGGGUUUCGCAUCAUUUUAUCAAAGGAAACAAUCUGAAAAAGUUUGCUUCUGUUUUAGUAAAUUUUAUGGGCAAGUGUUAUCCUGGAGAAGACGAUUUAGCGAUUUCACGAGCAAUUUUAAUGUAUUUAUCUUCGGGGAAUCUGAGAGAUGCUAAUCAACUGAUGGAUGAACUAAAGAAACAAGUUGAAGAGAAGCAGCUUGACCUUCCCCAGUCAGAUUUAAUCCAAUUUGUUACUUUUCUUCUGCAAACGUUGCAGAGAGAUGCAUUGCCCCUUUUUAAUAUGUUAAAAGUGAAAUACAAAUCAAGUUUAGACAGAGAACCAUCGUUCAAAGAGUUGCUAGAUGAAAUUGCAGAGAAGUUCUAUGGAGUACGACGUAGAAAUCCGUUGCAAGGGAUGUUCGGGGAAAUCUUUAAGAUGAUGGGGGCUGAAUAGCGAUUUAAUACCAAUUUUGAUCUCUUCCUAUCCUGAUAGAUCCGGCAAUUCUACUUUAUAUUCUGCCUUUGGAAAGGAUGAUUGAUGAUUGAUGUGUCUGAGACUUUAUUUAAUAGCAUUUUUUUUUUAAUAAAGUGUUUGUGACAGUUGCAAUGUUUUUUCAGUACCUGGCAAAAAAAAUAAAACACUACUUAGCUUUCUUGGGUUCA